AUGGCAAUUCUCGAGACCGCGGCCUCAAAGGCGGCUGGUCCUGCCACCUACCGGAGCACCAAAGGAAAUGGAUUCGCAAAGAACGUGUCUUUGAUCUUUGUACGUUCUUCUGCUGCCGCCAUGCCGUGGUACCUGGGCGCACGCGACCUGCACGAGGCGACCCUCGAGACGGUGCUUGAGCUAACUAUCUACCUAGUUGACUUUCCAGAACUCGGCCCUGAUACUGUCAUGCCUCCUGAAGGCGACCACCGGUAUUUCACAUCGACAGCUGUCUUUCUCAACGAGGUAAUCAAGCUGGCCAUAUCUCUCACACUGGCUCUAUACGAGACGUCCAAGACCCUGGCUCCGAGCACGCCAGCCACGGUCCUUUUUGAGCAGAUUUACAAUGGCGUAUUCUCCAGUGAUGGCUGGAUGCUGGCCGUGCCCGCCGCUUUGUACACCUUCCAGAAUUUGCUGCAGUACGUAGCUGUCGAAAAUCUGGAUCCAGUUCACUUCCAGGUCUUGUAUCAAGUCAAGAUUCUCACAACAGCCAUCUUCAGUGUUUUUCUUCUCCGCCGCCAACUGGGUUUCAAAGGAUGGGCAUCCCUCGUCAUCCUCACUCUCGGUGUCUGCAUCGUUUCUUUGCCAUCCUCCGAAAAAACGACCAACUCACUCCUCCUGCACGGCGUCCCCGACCACUUCUUUCCUCGAUCAAAACACGAAAUUGGCCAAACUGUGGCUGGCGCUGAUGUUCCCGAAGCAGCGCUGCAUCUGAGCAGGCGGUCUGCCACCUACGAAGGCAUCGCCAAGGAUUUGCCUCCCGCGGACCCCAUUAUGAACUAUUCUGUGGGCGUUACCGCAGCCCUCGUCUCUGCCGUUGUGUCCGGAUUGGCAGGUGUUCACUUCGAGAAGCUGCUUAAAGAAAGCUCUACCAAUGCCAGUGUCUGGAUGCGAAACGUUCAAUUAAGCUUCUACUCGCUCAUUGCCGCCUUCUUGGGAGGCUGCAUGUACCAAGAUGGUGCUGGCAUCCGAGAACAUGGGUUCUUUGAGGGCUACAAUGCCGUGGUUUGGGCAGCAAUACUACUCCAGGCCGCCGGUGGGCUACUAGCCAGUCUCGUGAUUCGCGAUGCCGACAAUAUAGUAAAGAAUUUUGCGACGAGCAUCAGCAUCGUAAUCAGCUUCGUCGUCAGCGUGUGGAUCUUUGACUUUGCCGUCACAUUAACAUUUCUUGCGGGCACUUCCCUUGUUCUCCUGGCAACAUACAUCUACAGCGUCCCAGAGCGUAGGCUCCACCGUCCUCCGGCCAUGCGCAUCGUUAGUUUCGAAAAGCCCGCCAUCGAACAAACCGUCACGCCGUUGCAAACGCCUCGCACGGCAGAUGUUCGCCGUUUGAACACUGACCCCUUAGAGGGCAGGGGGGUCGGCAAGACGACAAGUCGACCCAGUAGUCCUAUGUUGCCUCGUGUGGCGAGCCGCACUCAUGUCCAUAAAGAAGUUUAG